CCCCGGAUGACAGGGCUCCGAUACGUUCUGAUUGACUUGAAGAAUAAUUACGUCUUCAAAGGCUUAAUCAAAGCACUUCAACAUCGACCUGACGUACGACUGGAUGUGGGUAUGGAACUCGACGAGUGCCCCUCCGAAGGAAACAUGCUUGCACUAUUGCAAAACAACCUCAACCUAUAUUCAAUAUGUGUGGUGUAUCGGGGGAAUGACGCAAGGGACUUCAGUAAAUUGAUGAAACUUUUGAAGAUAGUUCUUCUUACUUGUCCUCAGCUCCGCCAUCUGGAGUUCCGAAAUCGUAUUUCAAAUUUUCCUGAUCAUCAAUACUACGGUUUCGGGUUUGCCAACAAUGAGCGGCCUCCAGCGCUACAUUCUCUAGAGCUAUUCGGCUACCCUUUCGGAAAUGAUGGUAGCAACCCAAACAUCGUGACUACGAUAGGUUACCAAGGUCAAGAGGAACAUUACUGGGCUAACAAUUUCGACUGGUCGCAAAUGAGACGACUCAAUACUCAGCACAUAGGAAUGAUCUUACAAUGCUUGCACAAAUUCACCUCACUCAAAGAAAUAGUUCUCGAAGCUUACAACUAUAAAGAUACAGACACGAAAAAGUUAUUCCAGCUAGUUCCGUCGAUACUGGAAAGUAUCACAGUUCCUUCUAUGGAUGCGAUCGGCAUAGAGGGUAUCUUGAGACACAGGCGUAAACUUCGUAUACUCCAUGUGUGGUUAAAACCUAAGUAUUCAUGGGAGCCUUCACAGUUGAUCUCAUCAAUGGAUGCAACUACUAUCCGCCGUAUACGAGAUAGUUGCCCUUAUAUUGAGGAAUUGGCUUUGAGCUUAAAUAGGGGUACGAUGUGGUCUAAUGAUACAUUGAAUAUCUUGGCCUCAUUUCCAAAGUUGCACACUUUGACGUUGGACUUCCAGCCCUGCCUACUGCGUUAUGACAUAUACGACCGUUCCUUUACCGGUAUAUCUGUUAGGGAUGACGCUGUGCAGGAAUCUCCCACUGUCUACUUGACUAUGUCGACUGUUCAACAGCUCUUCAAGCACCUAUUGCAGACAAGCCCGACAGCGCGGCCAUCAGCGCUUAGAAAGCUUCACGUCAAAUAUAGACUACCACCAAUCCUUGAUCCGGGGGAAGACGGGAUGAACUCCGAUUGGUUUUACGACAAUGAUGUUUCAUUCGAGUGCAAACUUUCCGAACGAGAUGUAGAUAAGCAUCGCGGCAUCUUCAGUAUUACAUGCCAAGAUCUUGUGGAGAAGGAAAAUGCCAUUCUCCAGGAUGCCUUAAAUAUGCACAAAGAUCCAGCACAAAUACUUCUCGGGAGCGAAGAUCAGAUCAAGGCCGUCAACUGCAAAUUUAAGGUUGCCUGGUACGGACCAUUACCACUAAGGGACUAGGAGUCCUAUUGGUAUGAGCAAUCUAGAGCUUAUCAAGUAUUCAAAAAGGUGAAAGGUAAUGCCGUUUACGAAGAUACCAUUUCGCCACCCGACGAUGACAGCUCUAGCUAUACCGGUGCGAAAUAAUUUGUAUUUUUUCAGGGAAACGUUCUCAUUUGGGCGAUGCGGUCAUGGGACCUUAUGAGGUGGUUACCUAGCUACCUACCUUGGUAUACUCAUUGGGCAUGUGUAAGUACACCACCAUACCAUUGAUACACCCAGCUUUACGAUUUCGUAGACAUAAGUUCAACGAAAUCGGAGAUGAAAUCUUGAGCAAUCAUGAAGAAAGUGAAGGAACAGAAGAGGGAAGGUAGGGGUGAAUCAAGUAGUUACGAGAGCUAGGCUUAGGAGAAUGAUCGUUGCAUAACGAUUCACUCUUAUUUACCAGGUACACAGUUACAUAAUAGACAUAGG